AAUGCGAAGAGGCGUCCCGCUGCAAGAAAGUUCUCAGCCCACUAGCCAGGAUGACUGAGGAGGCUCCCGCCGCCCCUGCCGCCGCUGCUCCGGCGGCCAAGGCGCCCGCCAAGAAAGCCAAAAAGGCAGCCACCAAGCCUCGCAAGCCCUCUGGCCCCAGCGUGACGGAGCUGCUGCUCAAGGCGGUGUCUGCCUCUAAGGAGCGCAACGGGAUGUCCCUGGCCGCUCUCAAGAAGGUGCUGGCGGCGGGUGGGUACGACGUGGAGAAGAACAACAGCCGCAUCAAGUUGGGCUUGAAGGGCCUCGUGAGCAAAGGCACCUUGGUGCAAACCAAAGGCACGGGCGCCUCGGGCUCCUUCAAGCUCAACAAGAAGCAGGCGGCGGAGGGCAAAGAAAAAGCGGCCAAGAAGAAGCCAGCGCCCAAAAGCAAGAAGCCCGCCAGCGCCCCCAAGAAGCCCAGGAAGGCUCCCGUGGCUAAGAAGACCCCCAAAAAGGCUGCCAAGAAGCCCGCUGCCUCCGCGGCCAAGAAAGCAGCCAAGAGUCCGGCCAAAGCCAAGGCUGCCAAAGCCAAGAAGGCCACCAAGAGCCCGGCCAAAGCCAAAGUGGUCAAGCCCAAGGCGAAAGCCAAGCCCAAGACCGCCAAACCCAAGAAGGCGGCCAAGCCCAAGAAGAAGUGAAGAUCUUGGGACAAUUUCUCAGCCAACCCCCAAAGGCUCUUUUAAGAGCCACCUCCAGAUUCACAGAAAGAGCUGAGUCCUGGGAAAGUUUGGUGCGCUUUUUCUCUUUCACGUAUCAGUCCAUGUCCUUCUGGUGCUGGAAACCUAAUUAUGCGUGGAGGUCUGCGUGGCUGGUCUGCGCAAAAACUGAAAUAUCAACAUUGCUAGAAUUGUAGGUAAUGAUGGUUUAUUAGUGGGGGGAAAUUCCUAAUGAGGGCCAACUAAACUAUCACAAAGCAGCAGGCUUUCGUUUGCUACAGAACUCUUCAGAAGCUGAAUAGGUAACGGUUGCAUCACACCUGCACUCCCAUCUUAAGAUGGCUACAAACUACAGACCUUGGGUUUUUUCCAUCACACCUUUGUCCACUGCCUACUUUACUUAGUACAAGGGAAAGGAACUGGAGAUCAGUGUUAAAGUUAGCAGAAAUGCAUCCAUCUAAGAUGCUUUUUUGCCCUGUAGUCUUUUUUUGGGGGGGGGAGGGGUAAAUGGAGUCUCUCAAAGGAAUGAAAAGAGGAAGCUUUAAAAAAAAUCUAGAUUAAACCUGGAUUGAACAAUAAGACUAUUUAGAAACUAGGUCUCUGGAACAGCCUAUGGUUAAUUUGUCUGCAGAACUGGCAAAAUUUCUUGGCCUUCUUUUAACAACCAGCAACUGUGUCUCCUUUAAGUAUCAUUUCAGUAUCAGUGUUGAUCGGUGGGGUAGAGGUCACCUAUACUCAGAGAUGAAUAGAAUAACACCCUGGUAUAUUGCAUUACCUCCUCUUCAUAAUUGCAUUGCUUUAAUAAUAUAGAAAACAACUGUUGUGGGUGGUGGGCGGUUUUGCUUUCCUUUGUUUUUUCCUGUGGGAAGGCCUUGUGGUGACGUCAUGGAUACCUGUUGGACACUGACUUUGACCUGCUUCUUGUUGAUGUGAGAAAAGAAGACUAAUAAAGAUUCCCUAUCCUGCCUGCCCUCCUCAUUCUGAGCCUCCACUUAUAUGGAAUGGCUGCUUGCCUUCUUUUGCUUUAUUUUCCUUUGCUCAGUUCUGUUUAGUUCAGUUCCUGAUCAUGUCUGCCAGGGAAAACCAUCAGCAAUAGGUUUGGAAAUGAAGUAGCUGUUAUAGCUGUUUUGCAUGGUGAAGGUGCUGAGUUCAAUUCUCAGUAGAACUGUGAUUUCUUCCUUUUGUUUAAAUAUAUGUUCCUUUGUGACAAAGUUCAUGGUUAAUGCCACACUGCAAAUAGUUUUUCAAUUCCUCUAUGACCAUUAUCAAUACUAAAAGAAGUAUCAAAUAGCACAGCAUGUGUUGGGAUGAUACUAUACAAACAAAAAUUAGGUCACAGAGAAAGAAAGAUAAUUGCAAUCACUGACUGAGAGUAAUUGUUGUUCUUUCCUUAGAAUAGCACAAACAUAAAAUAGUACAAACCCCUGUGCUAACUUGUCAAAGAGACACCUUUCAACAUGGUGAUUCUCUUUAUUUAGCAGGGGGAGAGUAACUGGCCCUCUCCACCCCCAGCACAGGACCUCCAGUGACUGUUGCUGGUAUCUAUCUUAUGUUUCUUUCUAGACUGUGAGCCCUUCAAGGGAGCCAUCUUAUUUGUUUGUUAUUCCUCUGUGUAAACCACCCUGAGCCAUUUUUGGAAAGGUGGUAUAGAAAUCGAAUUAUUAUUAUUUAUUAAUUAAUUAACAUAAAAACAAGAUCCAAUGAAGACAGGACUGAGGAAAAAGAUGGUCUUGUGCUAACUCUAAAGAUUGUGCUAACUCUUCUUUGAGUGAUACAAAUAUUUAGAUAAUCCAUUUAAGAAAUCAUACCCUUGUACAUUCUGGUUGGGCAUUUAAAAGCUAUUGGGCCAAAUCAGUGGGAUUCCAUCCUCUCCUUGUACAGUCAGAAACCCCUCCAUGCUCUAUCAAAGUUUUCUGGUUUAACCGUUUUAAUGCUAUUUUCUAUUUUCUGGCUUACUAUGUAACUGAUAGUGAGGUCCUUGAAAUCCUCACUUGGGACUUUGAGUCCACUGCAUGCUAUUUUGAAUCCUGGCCUAUGCAAACAUGGAUUAGAAAUUAGAAUCUGAAUUCUGUUCCUCUGUGGCUGCUCCGAAGAUGUUUCAGCUCGGUACCAGGAGAGCUGGAGAAGUGCCUUUUCACAUCUGAACCUGCCCCAAACGUGAAGAUCUGCUACAGGGAACAAUGUUCUCUGCAUCCCACCAGGAUCUAAGGCUCAUCUUUUUGGAAUGCAGGAGAGAGGGCCUGCUUGCUCCGUGACUGCAUGUGUGUCCAGACUCUACUACUUUCUCCCCAGGGAGAGUCAACUUGCUCCUUCUCUAUAAAUGUUUUUGCCACCCUGUAAGGACAUUCUUAUCCCAGCAGGCUUUUUUUUAAUGUGCCUGAUGGCUGAUGUUUUAUAUAUGCUGAUUUAAGUGACAAUGUACAGUGUACCUUCCUUGUUGUUAAACUGCCUUUUGGAUUGAUUUGUUGGCUUUUUUGAAAUGAUUGUGACAAUGUUUUAAUUUUUGCAAGCCAGAUUGAACAUUAUUUUUUAAUAACAUAAAGGCAAGGUGUAAUAGUUUAUAAUAAACCCGCAAAUAAAUUCUCCUGUG